GCUCCGGAAAGUGUGCGCUCAUCAGCUGGCUGCCAGUGGGAAGCUGGGUGCUCGCUCCGGGAAGCGAGAAGCCUUCCCUGGCUCCCGGGCAGAGCUUCGCCACGGGGGCACAUGUUGCUGCGGUUGGUUAGAGACAAAAGCAGUCUGAAGCCGUGCCUGCCGCCUUCGGGAUUUCUUCUGCCCUUCCUGCCCCCCAAACCCGGCUGCGGGCAGUUGCAGAGGCUGGCAGGAGUGGGUGAAGUUGCUCCAACCCCCCAUCCCCUUCCUCCUCCUCCUCCUCCUCUUCCUCCUCCUCUCUCUUCUUCCAGGCAAGCUCACUGCAGUCCCUGACGCCACCGUCACCGACAGACCCCCGGGAAGAUGCCAGGGCUGAUUAACCGAACGACCCGCUCCCCGCUCCCCCUCUCCACAUCGGAGGUGACAUCGUGUGUCAGCGGCUAUGCCUUCGGGAUGACAGCUUUGCUCACCUACCGCAACCCAGAAGCCCAGGCUUUUGAAGGUCUCUUUGUCUACCCCUUGGAUGAGUGCACCACCGUCGUCGGGUUUGAGGCGGCCGUGUCCCGGCGUGCCGUGACAGUACAGAUCAAAGACAAAGCCAAGAUAGGUGACACGUAUUUUGAUGGCUGCAGCCUCCCUGACGGAAGAGCUUGUGACGGAAGCGGAAGGAUCAUGAUGGAUGAGGACUUGGAGAGGAUUGUUUUUGUGGCUAACCUGGGCAUGAUUCCUCCCCUGGAAAGCGUCUCCAUCUUCAUCAGCACCUCCUCUGAGCUGCAGACACUGCCCAGUGGGGCUGUGAGGGUCCUUCUGCCAGCUGUGUGUGUCCCCAGGGUCCCCCAGCCCAGCCUGGAGAAUGCUAGCAGCCUUUCCAGCCACCAGCUCCGAACGGACAAGCACUACUGUGGAUCGGGGAGCCCAGAGCAAGGGAGCAGGUUCUGCCUGGCUCAGCUGCUGGAGAGUGAGGCCACCAACCCCUUCGAGUACGAGUUCAGCUUUCACCUGGAGAUCCGGGGGCCGUGCUUGCUGGCAGGCGUCGAGAGCCCUACACACGAGAUCCGAGCAGACGCCGACCCCUCCGCUCGCUCCGCCAAGUGCAUCGUGAUCACGCUGGCUAAUAAACACACCUUUGACAGACCCGUGGAGAUCUUGAUCCAUCCAAGUGAGCCCCACAUGCCUCACGUCUUAAUGGAAGAAGGUGAUAUGACACCUGCAGAGUAUGAACGACACCUGAAGGGGAAGAAUGAUUUCAUUAAAGGCACUAAGAAAGACCCCAGUGCUGAGAAAAAGACUGAAAUUAUCAGGAAGCGGCUGAACAAGGACAUCCCCCACCACCCUGUCGUCAUGCUCAACUUCUGCCCUGACCUGAGGACCAUCCAGCCAGACCUCCGGAAAGCCCAAGGAGAGUUUAUCUUCCUCGUAGACCGCAGUAGAAGCAUGAGCGGCAUGAACAUCAACCGCGUCAAGGAUGCCCUCUUGGUCAUUCUCAAGAGCCUGAUGCCAGCGUGUCUCUUCAACGUCAUUGGGUUUGGAUCCACCUUCAAGACCCUCUUUCCUGCCAGCCAGACUUACUGCGAGGAGAGCCUGGCCAUCGCCUGCAAAAGCAUCAAGAGGAUCCGGGCUGAUAUGGGUGGCACCAACAUCUUAUCACCUUUGAAGUGGGUCAUUCGGCAGCCCAUCCACAGGGGCCAUCCCCGACUGCUCUUUCUGCUGACAGACGGGGCCAUCAGCAACACGGGGAAGGUCCUGGAGCUGCUGCGAAACCACUCCUGCUCCACCAGGUGCUACAGCUUCGGCAUCGGGCCAAACGCCUGCAAGAGGCUGGUUUGGGGGCUGGCUGCUGUGUCCAGGGGCAUCGCCGAGUUCCUGGCGGAGGGCGAGAGGCUGCAGCCCAAGAUGAUCAAGUCGCUGAAGAAGGCGAUGGCACCGGUCCUGAGUGACGUGUCUGUGGAGUGGGUCUUUCCCGAGAGCACUGAGGUCUUGGUUUCCCCCGUCAGCACCAGUUGCCUCUUCCCUGGUGACCACCUGGUUGGCUACAGCAUCAUCUGUGACACCUCCCCGUACAUCUCUAACCCCAGAUCUGACAAGAGGCGACGUUACAGCAUGAUGCGGUCCCAGGAGUCGGGUAGCUCUGUUUUCUUUCACUCCCAGGAGGAAGGAGCAGGCAUGGAGAGCUGGAACCACUCCAGAGACUCGGAGGGCUGCUGCCCCGCCGAGCGUGCCCCCGAUCACCUGAUGGUGGGCAGAGACCCCGGGGGAGAAUCGGACACAGACACCGGAAUAGACGUGAAGGCUUCCUCCAGGAGACGGGCGUACAGCACCACCCAAAUCUCUGACCACGAGCCUUACAAGAAGGUGCCCACGGCCAGCGAUCCUGGCACCGCCCUGGUGAAAAACCCCCUUCGGAAAACCCACCUGCAAGACCUGCAGCAGGUCAGCCUGGAGCCCUGGCAGAUGGAUUUCCAGCCCUUCACAGCCAGCUCGCUUGUCUCUGCCACGAGGAUCCGCGGCGCGGGCGCUCGGCGGCCGUCCCUGCUCCACCGGAGCUGCAUGUCCUUCUGCUACGAUGCUGACCCCCCACUGGUGCCAGACGGGGCUCCGGGAAGGGGCUUGGGACCACUCGAUGCCAACGCCAGCCUGCGGUCUUCGUCAGACAGCCGGAGCCCCGGGGAUCUGGAGUCUGCCCAGCAUCCUUCCUUCACAUUUGAAACGGAGACCUCCUCCGACUGGGAGCCCCAGGACUUGGACUUCAGCGCUGCUCACAGCUCCCCGCACUCCCCCAGGACCCUCUGCAAGGUGGUGGUGAAGGGGCUAAGAAGCAACGAGCCUGUGCAGUGGGAAGUUGCCUUUGAUAUCCGCCCUCUCUUCCGAGAGCGGGAAAGCCGGGCGGACAGCGACGCAGACCUGUGGAGUGAGACCUUCCACCACCUGGCAGCCAAGUCGGUCAUCCGGGACUUUGAGCAGCUUGCCGAGAAGGAGUGUGAAAUCGAGCACGGGUCUGGACGGCGGUACCAGGUCAAUGCUGUCCACACCAGCAAGGCCUGCAACGUCAUCAGCAAGUACACGGCGUUCAUGCCGGUGGACCUGAGCACCAACGCCUACCUGCCCACUGUCAUCGAGUACACCCUCACAGGGGCAGCAUCCAAGCAAGGCAGCCAGAGGAGCCUGAGCUCGGGAAACAGAAGGCAUCGUGGCUUUUCCCCAGGACGUCCGCAAUCAGCUUGCGGCCAGAAUGGAGACGAUGGAUUUUACGGCAUGAAUGCAGAGGAGAGCAGCCUGUCGCCCUGCAGCACCCCUUCCUCCUCUGGCUGGGAGCGCUGCGGGCUCCCCGAAGGGCCAUUACAGAGCCUGUCUGCUUCCUCUGCACAAGCCCAAAAAUCCAUUGAGAGCCUCUUUGCUGCCAGGCUGACCCUCAAUAAAACCAGGCUGCUGACUCGAGCUGCCAAAGGGUUCAUGAGUAAAUCUCCAAGCAGAGUGAGCGAAGCCAGCUCCGAGGGCGAUAAUGAGAACAUAGACUACCUUCCCCUGGCAUCUCUGCAGCUGGCCUGCGGUGCCUUUCUCAUGAACUCAGCCUUCUGCGAUGCCAUCAACAUCCCCAUGGAGAAGCUGAAGUGGACAUCUCCCUUUGCCUGCCACCGCCUGGCCCUCAGCCCCUCCAGCUCCUACAGCACCAAGAAGGCCAGUCCCUCUGGGGACCACAAAACCCUCAGCUCUGGCCAGCAGCUCCUGGUUCCCGAUGGCACGCACGGAAAGAGUCCUACCAACAGAGACGUUGCUCUGUGCGCGGUGCCGGAGGGAUCCGGCAGGCACGUGGAGGACACCGGCCGCCUUCGCCACUUCUCGGGCAGCGCAGUGGAAAGCAUCUCCAAAGCCCUGAAAGCCGAGAAGGAACUCUCCCCACCGGCCAUCACCAUUCGACGCUUCUCCUCUCCAGAGAGCACGCCAGCCUCGGCCGAGUGGCAAGCCGACAGUGGCCGGGGAUCGGAGACGGACGACUCCGAGGUUCAGGCGUUGCUCUUUGACAUCGAGUUGCAGCAGCAGACGGAGCCGGAGGGGAUGCUGUGGGCCACGGCGGUGGCCCUGGCCUGGCUGGAGCACAGCUCAGCUUCCUACUUCAUCGAGUGGGAGCUGGUGGCUGCCAAGGCCAGCUUGUGGCUGAGCGAACAGGACUUCCCGGAGGGAUACAGCCUGGCCACGGUGAAAGCCGCUGCCCAGCAGCUCUUUGUCCUGCUCCGGCACUGGGAUGAAAACCUGGAGUUCAACCUGCUGUGCUACAACCCAAGCAGCGUGUAAAGAGGAUGAGGAGAGAGGCUUGGGCAGCUUACCGAGGGCGCAGGAGCAGGGACUCGUCCUCAGGGAAACGCCUCCAAGGAGCUCAACUCCUCUGCUGCAGGGACAGUGUGUGUUUAUUAGAGCAAGCCCUGCAAAUGGAAGCAGCCCGGGCAAAAUCCUGUGCUCAGCGGUUGGUAUUUUGCCCCAGGAGGGUACCUACCGCCUGCCCGCAGCAGGAUGCUAUUUAUUUUUAACUGGAGCAGCACCUCCAGCCUCAGCAGUUCCCUCUGAUCCUGGUUUCUCCUGGUUCCCAGCCCUGUUCCCAGAGCAGGUCUCCUGCUCAGCUUGCCCCGUCCUCACUUGGCUGCCUUUUCCCAGCCCCAAAUCGCUGCCAAGCCCCCGCUGCGGUCCUCCAGCCCCGAGUCGCUGCUCUCCUGAGGCUCCUGCCUGGCUGCUGCCAUCUCAGAUGUCUUUUGGCAAAGGUGGACAUCUAACGAGGCGCUCAUCUCAUGGACCAAAGGAAAUCCGGGCUGGGACUGACCGUCUGAAGAACAACCCUGCUGUUGCGGCCAGGAGGAUGCUGCCUUGCCUCGAGCCCAGCGACGCACCGGCAAGCCGGGCCAGUCGGAGGCUGGGACCAAACCCCAUCACAUCCAGGCAGUGCUGGGCCCCGCCAGCCCCUCUGCAAUCCCAGAGGGGGUCUGCAAGACCCCUCGCAGCCAACGGCGUGCCAUUGGAGCUUCGCAAGGCAGAGCAAGGGUGCCCGGGACUGAAGGAAGGGACGGGCUAAGGAAACCAGCCCCUUGCAAAUGACACCAAAUAGAGCUCCCCUGCAUUAAAAUAAUGGAGGAAUUUUAUUCCCUGCCAAAACACUGCAUCCUUCCUUCUGCGCACGAGCCUCCCAUGCACUGAUCUGAACCGCAGGGACCUGCCUUUGAAUCCAGCGGCUUGGAGGCUUGCUCUCUCAAGGAUGCCUGACCCUCUAAAUGCCCCACCCGAGCUGGUGGGCUUGCACCGGGGCCCCUGCGGCAUCUAUCCCGAGAGCCAUGGCCAGCCCUGCCCUUGCCUCAACCCCCUUGAAGGGAAGAGAGGGGAAGAGCACUGCCAAACCCCGGGGUGAUGCAGAGCCUCUUGCUCUCCCCAUCUCCGCUUCUUGCAUUCGUGCUGCUUAAAGCCAAGAGGUGGCCGGACACAAAUUGCAUCCCCAGACCCGUCAUGGGUACCACAGCUCUCCGUGACGGGCAGCUUUCACCACCGUGCAGCAACGUUCCUUCGCCAGCUCCAGCACAGCCCAGCGAUACCCAGGCGAUUGCUGGGAGCUUCGUUACCCACCGUAAUUCAUAGCAGACUGAGGGCACCGGAGGCACCGUGAGGACUGUGGCUUCCAGAAGCUGAUGUGAAGAACAGGACGAGACAGGGAGAAGAAGCUGGGAGUGGACAUUUUUCAACCAAAAGCUCACUUGUUACUAGAAGUCAGUAGCGUUCCCAGGGGGAAAUACAAGUUCCAGGUUUGGGGGUUUUUUUUUCC